AACAGACCCGGGGCAGACGUUGUUGACAUGACACUGGCAGGCGACCAGGCACAGAAUGUAACAAACCUCGUUCAUUUAUGAAACUAUUCAUCUCAACAAAAGAGGGGACAAUACGCUGAACAUGGAGUUAUCUCCUCUUAUAAAGAAAAUAGGCCACUCUUUGGUGGAGAUAAGAGUACGAGCAUUGAAGAACAUUAUAUGUAAGCUGGACCAUUCCCUGAUCACGGUCUCUGACAUUGUUCAAGAAAAGGAGCUCUUCGUGUAUCUUCUCGAGUGGUUCAAUUUUCCGGAGGUGCCGAUGCAGGAGGAGGUCCUUGAAUUGCUCUUAGCUUUCUCAAAGCAUCCUUCAGCAGCGCAGAUGCUAAGAGACGUCGGUGCUGUAGACUUCCUCACACAACUGUCUCCUAAUGUGGAACCCAGACUGCGAGCUGUCAUUGAUGGAACCCUGGACCAGCUGUUCCAGCUACCUGAGAUACUCCCCAGCCAUGCAACGGUCUAUUCACAUGGACAGCGUACUGCAACUCCAACAGCACCUAUACUUGUUCCACCUGAGGAGCAUUUCCCUAAAACCGGCUUUUUCACAAAGAGCAUGCCAAGCCUCACAGAUGUUCCCCCUCAAAGGAUAGCAGUGCACGAGACCGUGAGAUGUCUGAGGUUUUCAGUGUUUCCAUGGUUGACUUUGACAAACACAGACAGACACAUUCUUUCAUCCAAUGAAAGCUCUCUUAAAAGCAGCAACCACAACUUGGUGCGGACCACAUGUGAACUUCUGUGUGAUGUCAUAAUGCAAGACUUCCCUGCUGAGAUCUUCCUUCAAAGGCCCAGUAUUGUUAAGCACCUUCUGUCCCUGUUGAGGCUGGGCUCAGGUAAAGGUGAGACGAGCCACCUCCACUUGCAGGCUCUUUCUUGCCUGCGACAGCUUUGUGUGGGGCUCAGAAGGAGACUACGCUUUCAUCAAGAUCCAAGCUUCUACUCUACAAAGCAAGAUCCAGUGUCCCAGAACUCGUCCUUCUCCGUGUCCCACGACGUGCGGACCCAGCGCUCUCAGGCCUCAUCUCCGGGGGCGGAGUGUUCUCCUCGGCCCUCUGUGGUGGGACGCACAGACCAGAGAGCCAGCGGAGACGGCCAGGACGGAGAUGCAGCUUCCAAUAGUGGCAGCUCGCAGAGGGGUGGGGCAGCAGUCCAGGCCCCCGGGCAGACCCCCCAGUCGCCUGCAGAUGUGGCCCAUAUGGCGCUUCCUGAUCUAGGUGUAGAAGAGGUCCUGGAGCUGCAGUUACAGCAGCUCACUUUGGCUCAGUUUACUGUUGCAACAUUGGAACAUGCCAUACCACUGCUUAAGACAGACUCUUCGCAUGUGUACCAACGUGUUCUGGAGCUGCUGUGCGACGCCGUCCUCCUGCUCAGGGACAGCGUUUGUGAGCUGGUCUGGGACGAGCGCAGCCUGGUGGGGAUGGAGCUGAAGGAGAAGCUGCAAGCCUGCAUGGAACUACUGGGGGAUAUCCUGAGCUACCAUCAGAGCUGUUCAGCAGACAUUCCCCACAGCUGUCAGGUUCAUCACAGAAUGGCUUACACAGGCACUGCUAUAUUCACCAUUAAACUCCUACAGACCAUCCUCCCUCCUGAAAAGGCUAGUGAAAAUCUCCCAGAAAACAUAGCAACAGCUAUUUUCCAUCUAUCUUUGGAUACGUCAUUGGGAAGCUUAUUACCCAGCAUGCAAGAGACAGCAGUGGCCUACUUGGAGCAGGUGAAUUCCGACAGCCAUGAUCUCUACAGGAGAGUGGCCCGUGCUGCUCUUUGGAUGGAGUCCACCUGCAACUUCCUCAAGGAAGCACAAGCUGAGGGAGAGAAGAACUGGUUCGAGUUAUUGGAGCUGGCAGACCAAGCGAUUAGUGGCCUCCCAUUUCACCAGCACCUACCCAUUGUCAAGGAAUGCAUUCGGAUCUGCUCUUACCUGUGGAAGUUUGAUCAGCCCAGCCCCCUUCUCCAAACGGAGAGCCAGAAACUGCUCCUCAAGCUGCUGUCACAUCCCUUGCUGCCUGUCAAGAUGGAAACAUACGAAUGCUCUUUAAACCUGGUCAAGGACUGCAUUGGCAUCCAGAAUGUGUCACGACAGGAACCGAGAGCCUGCGGUGGAAUAAACUUCCUGCUUCACCACAGGGUGCUCUAUGAAAUAAGCACUUUUGGUCUCCAGGAUUCUGCGGAGAAGGUGAAUGGUGCUGCCAAGGAUAUUCUGCUAUUCCUACUUAAGGGACGAUUGAUGAUGACAGCAUCAACCUGGGAAAGAUUCAAUGAGGCCCUUUACCCGGUCAUGCCAAUACUACAGGGUUACGCUAGCACUCAGGAGUCACUUGGAAACUGUGUCCUGCUGAUAAGUGACAUGUCGGACGUGGCAAGAGAAAGUUUUCCAAGCAUAGCCAAGCUUAAAGCCGCGCUGCGACUCCUUUUCACCAAACAACCCACUGUGAGAAUAGAAGCAGUGCAACAGAUCCUGCCCCACCUAACCAGCAGUGAUGAUGCUAACACAGCCAGACCAGACCUGGAUCAACAGCUGAUCUCCUCCCUUCCAAAUCUCUUCUGCCUCAAAACCCCUGCAGACAUCAGGCUGGAUACCAUCAACAAGUCUGUCCUCAAGGUGGAGUCAGUGGAGAAGCUGUUUUGUAUCUUGACUUCAGACUCAGUUGACAUCUCCCUGAAAAGAUCGGCAGCAGAGCAGCUUUCUGUAGUGCUUCAAGACACCACAAUGCAUCCAGUGCUGAAGAAUCUUGGAAUUACCGACAAAGUCAUUUCUUUCAUUAUGGAGAGUGUAAACGGCAACACGAGCUCAGAUUGCCUGCUGGAGCCUUGUGCUUGCAUCCUGAGGAAGCUGGUGUAUUCAGAUCCAGCUCUGAGGCACAGCCUGGCACAGCGCAACCUCCUGCUCCUCACAGUGCUCAGGGCAUCCCUGAUAUUAAAGGAGAACAAAGGCAAUGGGAGUGAGAUUUCUGCCCUAAUGAGCUUGCUUCUAUUUGAUGAAAUUGCAAGCAUUGAAGUCUGGUCGGACAAUUCCAAUACAGAUGUGUCCCUCGCUCCGUUUUCCCUUCCCCUGUCUGUAACACGAAGGUUCAACAUCCCGUUCCAGGCAGCGACUCAUCACGCUGUCAGCCCUUACUGCUGCGUCCUGCCCUCUUCCUCUGACCUGCUGACCCUGGCGCCUGCCCGCCAAGCCCUACAAGUGGCCUGGAAUACCGCAUGGCAUGCCGGGAUGGACAACCUGCUCGAAGAGCUUCAAGGCCAUUCAACCAAUGUUGAUGAAUUUCAUCUUGACUUAAGGCUGUCAGAAGCCCAGGUUCUGUCCCUGCAGGCGGUUCACCUUCCUGCUGCACUGCAGGACUGCAUCCAGGCCAUCGUCAUGGCAGCGGGACACAGUUCGGUGACUUCUGCCCUCUCCAGGCUCAGCCUCUAUUUGCUUUUUGACAGACUGGCACUCCCUCAAGUUGCCACACACAGCUGCAGAGACACUCUCCAGUCCCUCAGUUGGCAGGCAGCAGUGACCAGGUUUCUCAAGGUGCGUCCUGCCUGUGUCGAGGAUGAGAGGUUGCUGGUGGGCAUUGUUGCAUUUUUGAAUGCCUACUUCAAACAGGUGCACACCGAGUCCACAUCUGACUCCGAGGACAAGGACCUGCGCUGGAUACUGCAGCUGCUCCUCAACCAGGAGGCUGCAUCCCUUCUAAAUUUGCUGCUCGGUGUGGAGACACAGACCUCCACUCAAAACUCAGGGGAGCUGGAGGAACUGAAGAACCAUGUCAGCCAGAGACUUCAGAGAGAGCUGACCAGCUUCUUCAACAUCUUACUCCUUAGACUGACACACACCACUGACAGGCUCUGUCUGGCGCUAGCAGGCCCCUUCAAGAGCCAGCUGGCAGUCCGUUUGCUUCAGAGCCUGCGGGUGUCCGACGCCCCGCGUUUCUACGGCCUUCCCAGCCUGGAGAGGACACUGCAGGGCAUGGUCAGCCUGACUGCCCAGCCUGGCUGGAGCUCCCACUGCCCUGACCUGGAGCCCAUGUCCCUCUGCUCCAAGUAUCUCAGUGGUCUUUUAGAGGUGAUCUCCUCUUUCUAUGUAGAGUGGGGAGGCAACUCCCUCUCUUUCAUGGGGAAAGGUGUGACCAAGAACGCUGUCGUCUGCUUACUUCACCUCUCCCAUGAGAUGAUGGCAGACACCACAGACAAGGACUUCAUAGUUCAUUGGUCUUUGGGGACUGAGGCAGCUGCCGAGGAGGGUAGUGCCUCUCAGCUUGGUUUGGCCUGGCUCAUUCCACUCUGGGUCGACCGAGAUCAGGAGGUGAGGUGUGCCAGUUUGGGUCUGGGUGCAGCUCUGUCCUCGGUGCCCAGCGGGUGCCAGGCUCUGUGUGCCAGCUGUCAGAACAUCAGCGGAGGUCUGUGGGGCACGCUGCUCAACAUCCUCAUGGAUCAGCAGGAGAGCAGCAUGGUCCGCAGAGAGGCUGCAUUUAUCCUGCAGAAUUUGCUGGUGAUGCCCAUGCCUGCCAACGCAGAGGAGGCCAAGGACUCCCACUGGCAGCACCCAUGCGUUCACGAUGAGGAGUCCGGUGUGUCUCUAGUGGGUCUUCCAGCGCUUCAGGCUCUGCUCUACCACUGUCAGUACUUCCAGCAUGUGGCUGUCUGUGCCUCCAGUUGUUACAGAGGCAGGUACACUUUCCAUCUGCAGCCUCGUGCCGGCUCCACUGGAGGACCAGGCCUUCAAGGGGGCAGUUCACUGGAUUCUGAGAACUCUCUAUGGUUUUGGAAAUGUGAUCCACCAGCUCCCACUGCAAACUCCAGCCGACCUUCCAGCUCCCUCUCCACCUCGAGCACUGUGAUUCGAGGUUCAGGACCGCACACCCCUAAAAGUCUGUCUCCAUUAAGCGUCACAGAAGAAACCCCGACCAGCAGACUGACGGCCCAAGGCCAAAGCGACACAGACACAAGCGACGCGGUCACCUCCCAAGACUCCCGACUGGGCGAGCCCUUGGCCAUGGAGCCCAUUGUCAUGGUUACUCCUGAACUCAUGGCGGCCCACUGUGGCCUGCUGGCUAACCUGCUGGCCAUCCUGCCAGAGUCCACCCUCACUGCUGUGCGACACAACCAGCUCCUCCAGGCACUGGCCAGUCUGUUGGAUAUCGGUCCUAUCGAGAAAUGUCUGAACGAGCUAAAGACGCCCAACAUCCUUCCAGGAGAGAGAGAAGACAUCAAGAGCCAGUUUGUCACGUUACUUCAGUUCCUGUCCAGCUUCUCCAAACUGCUGCAGUCAUGUGUCAUGGUGAGCCAGGAGCUGAUUGGUCAGAUGGGCUUCCUGAAACAGCUGUUAGGGACUCUUGUGGCAGUGCUCAUGCUGGAUACCACAGGAUUAGAUGCAGGUUCCCGGGACACAGUCUGUGUGUGCUGGGCAGACGUGUUUAUGCUCCUGGCUACUCUGGUGAGGAGGGACAGCUCAGCGUCGUACCCAUCUGUCUCUGCUGCGCUGGGGAGACGCUGGCGGACAUUUGCAGGAACAUUAUCUGUGUGUGUGAAUGAGAAGCUGUCAGAUCAUCUUCUUCACACAGUGGCUCUGCAGUUUCUCUGUGCAGUCUUCAUAGAAGAGACAAAGAGUCAGGGUGUAGAGGUCACGACCUCAAACUCUAAACCUGCCUCAGCUUUGUCUGACAUUGUGAGUGGUCACUCAGCCAGCCAGCUGUGUGAACUGUUACUGCAGAGUUUUGAGAAGAGGACCCUUCAGGACCCUUUAAAGAAGCUGACAGCCAGAACCCUGAUGACACUGUUAGCCUGCAGCCCCUCCGCUCAAAUCCAUGCAGCCAAAGCUGGUCUUAUUGACAGCUGUGUUGAGCAGAUGAAGCAAACUCAGUCUCAGCUCCACCUGGAGUCGGUCCGCCCUGGUAAAGCAUCUCACCGCAAAAAGGAAGAAGGCCGUUUAAAGGAAAUCAAGCUGACUGUGGAGAUCCUGCGGAGCGCUCUUUAUCGCAACGAUGAAUGCAAAACGGUGGCCACAGAUGCUCGUCUGACACUGGCACUCUAUGCUCUCUGGCCUUGGCUGCUAUUGGACGACCCCACCAUGGAGGCGGUGCUGGAACUUCUGUGUGUCUACACGGCCAACUGCGCCACAGCGUGCAGCUCCCUCUGUUGCGGUGGUCCGGGUGCUGCAGCCGGAUCUAAAGGCACCCUGAUGCACUCCAUCAUAAGGCUGGCCUCAGGGGUCGCUCCAGACAGCAGCCCCGUCCAGAAGCUAGCUUUCUCUCUCUUGGCUAACCUGGCCAUGUCCAGAGACUGCAGAGGCCUGCUGCAAAAGAAUAACUUCCUCCAAGCUUUCCUGUCAGUGCCAAUCCCUAAGGCGGGUAGUGUGAAGGCCACAUCUGUAAGUUGUGGCAGUGGGAGCCUGCUGGGCCUGUGGCUGAGGCUUCUGGUCAAUCUCUCGGUCACAGAGGACGGCCAGCUGAGUAUCCUCAGGGUGACCGGAGCCCUGGAACUGCUGGCAGACCUGGCACCGCAACGACGCCAUGCUCUGCUCACUCUUCACAACCUCUGCUUCUGCCCCGCCAACAAGCCGCAUGUACUUGCCAACGGCACAGCCAUGAAGGUGUUGUUAAGCUGUUUGGACAGUAAAGACAUGGAAACCCGAUGUAUGGGAGCAUCUUCACUUUGGGCUCUGCUCCACAACAAUCAGAGGGCCAAGACUACUUUGAAGUGUCCCUCUGUUCGAUUAAGAAUAGAGGAGGCACAAAGCAUCUCUAAGAAAGCAGCAGACGAAGAGAACAAGCAGGAGCCAGUGAGCGCCUACCUGUUGAAGUGCCUUGAAAACCUUUCCCAGCUGCUCAAUAAGUGAUUAUCUAUUGUCUGUUUUUAAAUCAUGUUUUAUACAUAUCUAAGAUGAAUUCAUUUUGAUAAUAAAGAGCUAAGUGUCAGAAUUAAA